AUGCCGGCAGCGCCGAUUCAUCAUGCCAUCGGGCAUGCUGAUUGGCCCCGGUGUCGGGAGCUGCUGGCGGGAGAUGGCGGGCCAACCCUGGCGGCGGUGCGGGGCCGCAGCGGCGCCUCCGCGCUGGUCCAGGCCCUGCGCAAGGCAGCGCCUGCGGACGUUCUGGAGCUCAUGCUCGCGUCCUCCAGCGCGCCCGCCGCGGCCAAGGCGCGAGUGCGACACCAGAGCGCGGCGGACGUGGCAGAGGAGUUGAACUUGGAUCCGGCCCUUGUGGAGCGACUACGAUGCCUCGAGAGGUCGUUGCCUGACAGCCCGGGCAAGGUGCGGUGCCCCACCUGCCAGGACGAGGUGGCGACCCGCAGCGCUCUGCAGGUCCUGGGCGAGCGCGUGGAGCAAGGCGAGGAGCAGAACCCUUUGGUCCGAGCCUUUUUCGCCCGGCCGUCCAUGAAGCGACUGGCCCAGCUGCCGCUGCACCGGGCGGCGGACUGCCACAACUUCCGCCAGGAAGUCUCCGAGACCAUGGCUGUGCUCCAAGCCGUCGAGAAGUUGGUGCCUGGUGCUGAGGCCCUGCACUUCCUGGACCUUUGCUGCGGCAGCGGCCUCACCAGCGCCGCGCUCGGCGCCGGAGCAGCCGGCGACCGCGGCGGUCGCGAUCGCGUCACUGCGGUGGACCUGCGCCCGGCCAGGGCGAUGCCCCACUUUGCAGAGGCUGGCCUCACGAAUGCUCGCUACCUUUGCGAGGACAUGAUGAGACCAGGCUUUCGCGCGGCUGUGGAGGCGGUGAUCGAAGAGGUGGGGCUUCCAGUGGUGGUGCUGGGCAUGCAUUGCUGUGGGGCGCUGAGCGUCAUCGCCACGCAGAUCUUUGCCCUGCCUCAGUGUGAGGCCAUCGUGCUGUGCCCCUGCUGCUCCUUGCGGGGCUUGGAUCUCAAGCGCGGCCUCGACCUGCCGAAUGGCUUCGAAGGCGGCGACAGCUACGAGACCUGGGCAGCCAAGCUCACGGCGCUGCUGCCGGAGGCCGUUUGCGAGCGCUGGCCGGACAUGCUGACGCCCUGCAAUGCCAUGAUUUCAGCGCGAAAAAGAUGGGAGGCACUGCGGGGGAGGAGGCUUCGUCAUUUUUGUGGCGGGGACAGUUCUGCUGCGGCCGCUUCGGCCGCUGCGGCCGCUUCGAGCGCCAGACGCCUUCCAAAGGAUGGCGACGGCCCGCCCGAGGCGCAGGUGGAGGCCCUGUGGCUUAUGGCCCAGCUGCCCGGAGACCAGCGAUUCGGAUCCGUCGCUGAGGCGACGCGAACAGCCUUCCAGCUCUGUGCUAAGCCGCUGCAGCCGCAAGAGCUGACACGUCUUGCGUGGUCGCUGCCACGGCUGCGGGUGGCCGACCUUGCGACGGCCAAGGUCUUGGCAAAGUCGGCGCUGCCGCAGGCGGAGCUGUUCGAGGCACCCGACCUAGCGCGCCUCGCGGCGGGGCUGUGCAGGAUGCGGCACUCCGAAGGUGCUUGGCACCUCUACGCCUGGGGCCCGGAGAAGAGUCGCCAGAGGUGCUGGCAGGGCAGCCACGAAGGGUCAGGCACGGGUUCAGCGGGCCUUGCCGGGGGCUGCGGGCACGCAGGGGCAGUCCGCCAGCGCAAGCCGUCGCACGUGGGCGAAGAGCCGUCUAGCCUCUGCUUGGUGAGUGCAGAGUGGGUGACUUUAUGGCUGGGCCAUGCCCACCCCCGGCCCCGCUGGCCGCGCUGCGAUCCGUCGGACGGAGCUUUGGCGCGCAGGGCCAUGAGCGACGACGACCUGCAGGUGCUGCAGUCCCGCAUUGAGGAGCUGCGCCAAAGGCCGGUGCUGCCUCUGCUGUUCAUCGACGCCAUGCUCCCGGGGCAGCGUCUUGUCUUCGACUCCUCUGCGCAGGAGUUAGUGGAGCUGGAGGGGGAGGUGGGUGUCCUAGGCGUUGCGCCGGGGGCUUCGGCCAUCCCCCGCUUCGGCAGCGCCGCGCAGCUGGCGCGGCGCGAGGGCCGCUGGGCCUGGGCCUCGUCCUGGGCCCGGGAAUGA